AUGGCAGCAACAUUAGCCUCGCUGCUGGGUCAGGCCUCCAUCACCGACCAUGAUCAAGUCCUCAGCGCAUGCGAAACCACCCUCGCCAAAUCCAAGAACGACCUCCAAGCGCUACAAGUCAAGAUUGUCGCUCUUUUGAACUUGGACCGCUUUCAAGAUGCCAUUGCUACUGUUGAGGCUGGUGGGGAGGAGAUCAAGCAAAAGGCGCGACUGGAGUAUGCGUAUGCGCUGUACAAGAACGGUCAACCCGCAAAGGCUGCAGAAGUCGCAAGACAGGACAGCAACGAGUCGGACAGAGGAUUGAGACAUGUCGAAGCCCAGGCUAGUUACAGACACCAGGACUUUGAACGGGCAGCCGAGCUAUACCGCAAGCUUUCGACACAAAGAGGAUCCGUCGAUAAUGAAGACAUGGAUCUGCGCAUCAACACAGGCGCCACAUAUGCACAACUGGAGUGGGCUGGUCGUGCAUCUGCAGACGCGCCGCAGAAGCCUUCAAGAGAAGACAUGGAAGCCUUCGAGACUGCCUACAAUGCUGCUUGCCAAAGCAUUGCGCGUGAUGAGCUGGGACAGGCUGAGGUUCUGUUGAGAAGAGCAAAGGAAUUGUGCGAGGCUUCUGAGAUGGACCAGGAAGAGAAGGACGCCGAGAUUGUGCCCAUUUCCAUUCAGCAGCUCUACGUCUUGAUCCGUCAGGGCAGGCUAGACGAUGCACAGGCUCUUGCUGCCACCAUCGACUCCAAAGAUGUCCACGCCUUCCACGACUCGUCCACUCAGUUCAUCGCUCAGACAAACACAGCUGCCACUUCGACAGAAACCACAAACCCCUACCUCACCCACCGCACUCUGUACAAGACUCCCUCAACCAUCCUCCCCGACAAGCCAUUCACCUACCAAAGCGCUGCCAUCCAAAGAAACAACUACACUCUCGACCUCCUUGCCCGUAAAUACGACGGCAUCAUCAGAUCAACCACAUCUCUCGCUCAAACACCCACCCUCGACUCUGCCACCGUAUCUCUAUCUGCCUUUGGUGCCGCCGCCCACGCUCGCAACCAAGCUGGAAAGGAAGCCCUGAAGUCUGUCCUGCCAGUCUUGGAACGCAGACCUAACGACAUUGGUCUGCUUCUUGUGUGCAUGCAACUCUACAUCCACGCCUCCAACCCCGCCGCCGCAAUUUCCCUGCUCGAAAACUUCUUUGCUCGUUUGUCUUCAUCUUCAGAAGCUUCCGCACAAGAUGUGCGUUAUGCUCCUGGUUUGAUCGGUGUUUUGGUAUCUCUUUACACCUCUCGCGGUCAGCAAAGCCAUGCUCGUUCAGAGUUGGCAAAGGCAGCAAGAUACUGGCGUCAACAUUCCAACCCACCCAUCUCGUCACGAGCACUGGGCCAUUUGUACAAAUCUGCUGGUGCCGCAUUGCUCGAGAGCUCUGUACCCGCGGACCAGCAACUCGCCGCUGAGCUGUUUACUUUCUUGCACGAGAAGGAUUCUUCCGACCGUUACGCGUCCGCCGGUCUUGUCGCCGCUCUCGCACGCGCAAACCCUUCAGCCAUCGAUGCUGAAAAGCUAUCAGCUCUGACACCGCUAGACCGUCUGGUCAGUGGCAUCGACAUCUCCGCCCUCGAAUUCGCCGGUGUAGCAAAAUCUACCCCUAUCACCGCUACCACCUCCCAAAAGCGCUCAGCACCUUCUGAUUCCGUACCAGCCACAAAACCCAAAUCCAAGAAACUGAAAAAGAGCAAAACACCCAAAGACUUUGAUCCCGCCAAGAAAUUGGAUCCAGAGAGAUGGCUUCCUAUCAAAGAUAGAAGCUCUUACAGACCUAAAGGCAAGAAAGCGAAGGCUAGACAGGCUAUGUUUAUGCAAGGAGGAGCUGUUGCUGAAGAUAGUGGCGCAGGCAGUGGGGCUAGUACGCCUGCUGCUCAGGUUGUGGAGGGCAAGAGUACGAACAAGAAGAGUAAGAAGAAGGGGAAGGGUGGGAAGUGGUAG